GCGAAAUUUUGUCAUAACCAUGAAAUAAUAAAACAAUCUCCUGGAAAAGAAAGUUGUUAAUUUUUGAGAAAAACUCUGUGAUUUGUUGGUGUUGUUGUGUUAAAGUGAAUUGUAUAAAUGUUAAUUAGAUAAAAUGCAAUGGCGAAAUACACCAAAAACCAACGUCGAAUUAUGAAAUUGUACAAUACACGAGCAACUAGGUGAAAUACUCGCUAUACUAAAAAAAAAAUGUAGUUUCUAUACGAGAUACGUAACGUAAACAUUAAGACUGUCUAAAAGAUAACAAAAAUUGAUCGUCGACGUCCUAUUAGAGACAAAUAACCUUUUAUUUUUAUGACCAAAACGAUGGCCGCGCAAGAAGACAAAAAGAAAUUCCACUGCAGAGAGUGGGCCUUCCAAAAACUGGCCCACUGCUUGGACCAAAGGCCCGUCUCUAAAACCUGCGGGGCCCUUCUACUAGGCGGUCCCGGUUGCGGCAAGACCACCCUCUGUUCGGAGCUCUGUUGGCCAUCUCAAGGCCCCGCCAGCAGGCAACAGAGGGCCUUGAACAGACGGCUGUUGUGCUACCAUUUCCUGCAAGGCCACAACGAGAAGAGCCUAUCUCUCAGCGAAUUCGUCAGAUCGUUGGUGACGCAGAUAUUGAAUCAUUCCACGGAGAGCCACCGGGAGCGCAGCAUCCGACGCAGGAUCGCGCAGGAAUCGCGCAAGGACGAAUCGAACGAUUGCUGUGUACCCAACGAACAUCUCUACAGCAAUGUAUAUUCGGAUAAAGCGCUGGAUUUGUUAGAAACUAAAACGCCACCGGUGCCCAGCCUGCCGGUGAAUCCCCGCACCGUCAUAGCCGACGCCUAUUUGGAGAAGCUAAAAUCGGAUCCCGAGAUACAAAUAGCCCUUCGAGCGAAAAACAUCGAACUGAAUCCGGACGAUUGCCUUAAACGAGCCCUUCUGUUUCCGCUGCUCGAAAUCGAUCCGCCCAAAACGUCGCUGUUCAUCCUCAUCGAUUCCAUCGACGAGCAUUCCUUCGUCUAUUCCAACUCCACGUUGACCAGGUGCAAACCGCGAGAGAGGAGCUCCCAAAGCAAAACCAUCGCCGAAUUAUUGGCCAAUCACCAUCACCUCUUUCCCCAAUGGUUGUUGUUGGUUUGCACCGCUCGCAAGCAAUCGAAGAGCAUCGCGAAGAUGUUUACGGGUUUCAGGAAGCUGAGUUUGGACGAUUUGCGCAAGUCGCAGGUGGUGCGCGACGUGCAACAGUACAUUUUGGCGCGAUUGGAUCAGGAGAAUAGCCUGAGGCAGCACAUUAGCAGGGACACGGCGGAGAUGUUGAACCAGUUGCACAUAAAGAGCAACGGGUGUUUUUUGUAUUUGGAGAAAGUGUUGGACGGCGUGUCGGAUAGUUUUAUAGUGUUGAGAGAGGUGAGAGAGAUACCGGGCACGUUGAACGGGUUGUAUUUGUGGUUGUGCCAGAGGUUGUUCAAUCGCAGGCAAUUCGCUAAAGUCCAGCCGCUUUUGAACGUUAUAUUAGCGGCGAAAUGCGCUUUGAACGAGGUGCUUUUGUACGAUAUAAUCAAAGUGUACAAUCCGAAAAUCGGCUCGGAAGAUUUCAAAAAACGUUAUCAUUUACUGAAAAGAGUGGUGAUCGUUUCGAAAGGGGGUACCGUGAGAUUAUUCCAUCAUUCGUUCGCCGAAUGGUUGUUGGACAUCAAACAUUGCACGCAAAAGUACCUGUGCAACAUAUUCCACGGUCAUUGUAUAUUGGCCAUGUAUUACACGUUGCACGCCAAAGCGUUGAACAAUCAAGAGAUAUACGAUUACGCUUUUCAUUUAACGCGAAUGGAACAAUAUUUGGGCGAGAAACCGAACCAGAAAUGUCCCACGUUGGCCUGUAAAUUGACCCGCGACAAGAACAACGGCUCGUCGCAGGGCGAGAACAACAGCUUGGAGAAAACCUCCACGGAGAUCUACUCGGACUUGAAGGCGUUGCGGGAGUUGUCGAAAACUGAAGAGAAAGAAUCGGACGGUGAGAAUUUGGAAACGAGCUUCGUCGAAACGGAAACCGGCCAGAACAAUCUCGACGAAUGUUCGUCGAAUCUCAUCAAAAUCGAACGACAAUACGAGAACAUCAAAAGUCCGGCGUCGGAGAAGAACGAGAAUCCCAUCUACGCCGAAAUCGACAAGAGCAAAAAGACGAGGAACCAACGCGACGAUGGCGUCGCGACGCCCAAAACCGCCUUCGAUUUGCACACGCUCACCGUUUUGUGGAUGAUCGACAGCGGUUGUAACGUGGAGGAAUGUCUGUUGGAGGGCAACGAAAUGGCCGGCGUGAAUUUCGGCGCUUUCCUGCCCACCGAUCAGAAGGUGAUGAAGUUGUUGCUCGAAGCCGGCGCCGUCGAGCAAAUCGACGCCGAUGGAUGCGAUUACGAGAGUCAGAUGUCUUUGGCGACGACGUCCAGCGAACAGAGCCCCGAGCCCCUGUUCGAUCUGCACGACAUGCACGGUCAGGCGGCCCUGCACGUGGCGGCCCGAUUGGGACAAGCCCAAGUCGUUAAGGUUCUCUUGGAAAACGGAGCUAACGCCGAUCAAGCCGAUGUCGAUGGUUGGACGCCACUGAGAGCGGCCGCUUGGGGGGGACAUACUGAGGUAGUAGAACUCCUGGUGCAACACGGCUGCGCCUUGGACAGCGUCGACGCCGAACACCGGACCGCAUUGCGCGCCGCCGCCUGGUCCGGUCACGAGGAAAUCGUCAAGAUCCUGUUGCGUCGCGGCGCCGACGCCAAUUCGACCGAUCACGAGGGCCGUACGGCCCUGAUAGCGGCCGCCUACAUGGGUCAUUCGGACAUCGUCGAGCACCUGUUGAACGCCGGCGCCGACGUCGAUCACGCCGACGCCGACGGCAGGACGGCGCUGAGCGUAGCCGCUUUGUGCGCCCCCAGAGCGCCCGGCGCCAGCGUCGUCGCGACGCUGCUCGAACGAUCGGCGACGGUCGAUCAUCGGGACAAGGAGGGCAUGACGCCGUUGUUGGUCGCUUCGUUCGAAGGACACAAGGAGGUUUGUGAAUUGUUGUUGGAAAACGAAGCGGAUGUGGAUCAUUGCGAUCACGGUGGUAGGAGCCCUUUAUGGGCGGCUGCUAGUAUGGGACACGCUCCCGUGGUGGCGCUGUUGCUCUUCUGGGGUUGUUGUAUAGAUUCGAUGGAUUCCGAAGGUCGUACUGUACUAUCGGUGGCUGCAGCUCAAGGUUGUGUCGAGGUGGUACGACAGUUGCUCGAUAGAGGUUUGGACGAGCAGCAUCGCGAUAACUCGGGUUGGACGCCUUUGCACUAUUCCGCCUUCGAAGGUCACGUGGACGUUUGCGAGGCUCUGUUAGAGGCCGGUGCGAAGAUCGACGAGACGGAUAACGAAGGGAAAGCGCCAUUGGCUUUGGCCUCACAAGGUGGUCAUACGGCUCUCGUGAAUUUGUUUAUAGAUAGAUACAACGCGCCUGUAGAUCAGAGACCUCACGACGGAAAGACCGCUUUGAGAUUGGCCGCUCUGGAAGGUCACUACGAUAUAGUACAAAUCCUGGCGUCGCACGGCGCCGAUUUGGAUUCCAAAGACGCCGACGGUAGAAGUACUUUGUACGUACUAGCUUUAGAUAAUAGAUUAGCCAUGUCGAAGUACUUCGUACAGCAAGGAGCCGAUGUGGAAACCAGAGAUUUGGAGGGUCGAACACCUCUACACGUAUCCUCUUGGCAAGGACACACCGAAAUGGUAUCGUUGUUGCUCGCCUACGGCAAAGCCCAAGUGGACGCUUGCGAUGCGGAAAAUCGAACGGCUUUACAUUCGGCCAGCUGGCAAGGCCACGGGGACAUCGUCAAGUUGCUGCUCGAACACGGCGCCGUGCCGGAUCACACUUGCAAUCAAGGCGCUACCGCUCUAGGUAUAGCGGCGCAAGAGGGUCACGAGGCGUGCGUGGUGGCUUUGUUGGAGUACGGAGCGGAUCCGAAUCAUUCGGACGCCUGCGGCAGGAACGCUUUGAGAGUGGCCGCCAAAUCGGGUCAUCGAGGUGUGGUGAAAUUGUUGGAGGAUUACAACGCCAGGUCGCACAAGGUGGCUCAUACGAGCAGCAGCGCCAAUUCCAUUACGUCGGCUUCGACUGCUGAGACUAAACCGUCUUGUGCUAUAUUGUAUCCUACCGGGGGUACGAGCGAUUGGUCGGAUCAACAGAGACGAUCGAUGGUGUCGUUGGGAAAUCACAGUUCGAAUUCCAAGUCGAGUUCGAAUCUGACGGGAUCGAGCCAAUCGAGCAGGCACGGCGAUAGGCCGAGGGAAAUCGUACAAACUACCACACAGCCUCUGUCGUUUACGCAACAAUUACAGCAAUGCACGAGAGGCGGUAAAACGCGCCCGUUGAGCAAAUUAUUAUCGCCGUUGCAAAGCGAACCGCAGAGUCCCAUCUACGCAUCGCCCCCUUUGAGUCCCGUUAACGAUACGCCCAACGUUUUCGAUUCGUUCUUGGGCGCGAUGAACAUCUACCAGCCGGUGUUGAGGCACAACAAUUUCGCGAAGGCGCCGGACACGCAUUUCGCGCGCGACACCCACAUGCGCAUCAUCUUGGGCAAGGAGCGUAGACCGGAGGCGGCGACGGCGGAGGCGGCGGCGGGUAAUCAGAAACCGAAGAGGAACGGGAUCGUGACGAAUCCGGCGCUGCGAUUGGUGGCCAACGUGAAGAACGGCUUCGAUACGGCGGCGGCGAAUCUGAGGAAAUCGACGUCGGGCGCCAAUCCGGCGUCGAAGACCAACAGUUUUCAUUGGAGGAAGGAGACGCCGUUGUAAAUGGAGGCCGGG